ACUUAAAUUCCUCUGCCUUGUUGUUCUGAGCCUCAGUAUUUUCCCUUCUUCUUCUUCUUCUUCCUCCUCCUCGAAAACGUUGUUUUUAUUGUUGUUAUUAUGAGCAAGAAAAUAAUGGCUCUUGUUUUCCUUCUAGUACUGUCUGCAUCUUUCAUUGGGAUUUCUCAAGGCCAACUCACAGUGGGUUUCUAUUCAAACACAUGCCCAGAUGCUGAGUCCAUUGUCUCUGGGGUUGUUCGGAAUGCUGCUCAGUCUAACUCCAACAUUUCUCCGGUCUUGCUCAGGCUCCACUUCCAUGACUGUUUUGUUGAGGGCUGUGAUGGUUCAAUUCUGAUAGAAAAUGGUCCAAAUGCUGAGAGACAUGCAUUUAGUCACCAGGGAGUUGGAGGCUUCGAAGUGAUAGAUCAAGCCAAAGCUCAGCUCGAAGCUACGUGUCCAGGAGUGGUUUCUUGCGCAGAUAUAGUCGCCUUAGCAGCUCGAGAUGCUAUAGCUUUGGCAAAUGGACCAUCCUAUGAGGUUCCAACAGGCCGUAGAGAUGGAAGGGCUUCGGAUGUUUCUCUGGCGGCUAACAUGCCGGAUGUUAGCAAUUCAAUCCAGCAACUCAAGGCUAAGUUUCUUCAGAAAGGACUCUCAGAGAAAGACCUUGUGCUUCUCAGUGCUGCACAUACAAUCGGAACCACAGCAUGUUUUUUCAUGACAGACCGGCUUUACAAUUUCUCCCCUGCUGGAGGGUCAGAUCCUGCAAUCAACCCUGACUUUUUGCCGGAGCUGCAAUCGGUAUGCCCCCAGAACGGAGACGUGAAUGUAAGAUUACCAAUGGAUCGGGGAAGUGAGCAAACAUUUGACAAUCAUAUUCUGGAGAACAUCAGGAAUGGCUUUGCAGUGCUGGCAUCUGAUGCCAAGCUAUACGAGGACGAAACGACGAGGAUUGUAGUUGACUCCUAUUUUGGAAUGUUGACUCCAAUCUUUGGAACAUCUUUCGAAGCAGAUUUUGUUGAAUCCAUAGUGAAGAUGGGGCAGAUUGGUGUCAAAACAGGGUCCAAUGGAGAAAUCAGGCGUGUUUGUACAGCUUUCAAUUGAAUUAUUAGACUACAGAUAAUUUAUCUGAUAUCAUACAAUUGUUUAAUUACUCAGCAAUAAGAUGUAUUAAUCUGCGUAGAUUGGUUGAACAUGAAGCUAGUGCUUUACCGGCUACAAGUGAAAUUUCCUUGUAAAUUGUACGGUUCUUGAAGUUGAAAUUGAAAAAGUGUUGUCAUUUGUCA